AUGGAGGAAGAUCUCUUCUCCAGCACCGGCUCCUCCUCCCCUCCGCCGCCGCACCCUGCCUACCACCGCUCACGCUCUCGCCCAACCCAGCCGGCCGCCGCCGACAGAAUCUACCGCGCGCUCCGCCACCACCUCCGCCUCCUCCACCGCUCCAACUCCGACUUCCACGUGCUGGGCGCCACGGGGAACGUCUACACCGUCUCCUUGACCGCCGUCCCUUCCUGCACCUGCCCCGACCGGAUCUCGCCGUGCAAGCACAUCUUCUUCGUCCUGAUCCGCGUCCUCGGCCUCUCCCUCGACGACCCUUCCCUCCGCCGCCGCAACAUCCGCCCUUGCCUCCUCCACCGCCUCCUCUGCACCCCUUCCUCCCCUGAAUCACUCGCCUCCCCCGCCCUCCGCCGCACCUUCCACCACCUCUUCCAGACCCGACUCCGCCUCCAAAUGGCGGCGGAGGCGGAGGAGGAUGGAGGCGGUGAUCCGGCGAAUCGGCGGCGGAGUGGGGUCGAGGUGGAGGAGGGCGCCACGUGUCCGAUUUGUCUUGAUGAGAUUGUUGCUAAAAAAACAGGGGAAGACGAAGAAGAAGCAGAAGAAGCAGAAGCAGAGGAGGGGUCGUUUGAAGCGUGCGGCACGUGCGGGAAUUUGGUGCACGAGGAGUGCUUGAGGAGGUGGAAGAGGAGCCGGGGGAGGCGUGGAGCCACCUGCGUGAUUUGCCGGUCGAGGUGGAGAGCCAGAGGUCACCGCCGCCGGCGUCAGGACAAUGAUGAGUACUUGAAUUUGGGGGCUUAUGUUAGUGAAGAUAGUUCUUCUACUUGUGGGUUGGUAAUGGGGGAUAGUGGCGGUGGCCGGAGUUUCUUCGCUCCCUGA